AUGAGUGUCAACAUAGAGGAAGCACCGAUUUUUGCUCCAUCUUUACCGGUACCAAAUGUUCAAGAAAUGGUGAAGAUGAAUCCUUUUCAAGUUCCUAUAAGGUACAUGAGGAAUCAAGAAGAAAUGGAAAAAGUAAAUUACAUGUCUCACCUUUCUUCUGAGAUUCCUGUCAUUGAUUUAACACUGCUUUCAAAUGGGAAUAUGGAGGAGAUGCAGAAGCUUGACAUAGCAUGCAAGGAAUGGGGCUUCUUUCAGAUAGUGAAUCAUGGUGUGCAAAAAGAACUUAUGCAAAAUAUGAAAAAUGUCGCGUAUGAGUUUUUCAAACUUUCUAUAAAAGAGAAGAACAAGUAUGCAAUGCUCUCAAAUGAUGUACAUGGUUACGGACAUGCGUAUGUUGUUUCCGAAGACCAGACACUUGAUUGGACAGAUACAUUCUUCUUACUCAUUUAUCCCGACCGCUUCAGAAAACUUCAGUUUUGGCCGAAAACACCACAGGAAUUCAAGGAGAUAACGGAGGCUUAUUCGAGUGAAGUGAAACGAGUAGGUCAUGAACUUCUGAGUUCUUUGUCUGUUAUUAUGGGAUUAGAGAAGGAUGUUUUUGUUGGACUACAUAAAGAAGUACUUCAAGGUUUACGCGUGAACUAUUACCCUCCUUGUAAUACACCUGAGGAAGUUCUAGGUUUGAGUCCACACUCUGAUUCAAGCUCCAUUACUUUACUUAUGCAAGAUGAUGAUGUGCCCGGGUUAGAAAUUCGACACAAAGGAAAUUGGGUACCGGUUACUCCUAUAUCCGAUGCUCUAGUUGUCAAUGUUGGAGAUGUGAUAGAGAUAUGGAGUAAUGGGAAAUAUAAGAGUGUAGAACACAGAGCAGUGACAAAUAAGAACAAGAAAAGGACAUCUUAUGCAACAUUUUUGUUCCCUCGAGAUGAUGUUGAGGUUGAGCCCUUUGAUCAUAUGAUUGAUGCUCAAAACCCAAAGGUGUACCAGAAAGUUAUGUAUGGAGAUUAUUUGAGGCAAUCUCUAAAAAGAAAAAUGGAGGGAAAAGCACACACUGAUGUGGCAAAGAUAAAGGAACAGGUAAUAAAGGAAUAA